AGAGUCCGCAAGAUGCUGUGACACCUUUCCAAAUUUUCGGUAAUGAAGCUCAUAUAGUUCAGAUUAUGUUGAAGCCGCAAGAAAAGAUUAUUGCUAAGCAUGGUAAUUUGUGUUAUUUGUAGAAGAGAUCUCCUGCAUGGUAUCACAACCAUUUAAGGAUACAUUUGCUUAUACGAGGUUUCAGUUGUUACCAUUAAUGGCAUGCCUAACACAUUAACAUCUCUUCGUUGUGCAUGGUGUUUGAUUCAGAUAUUGGAGAAUGAGCCAGUUCUGACGGGCUUACACAAAAUCUACAAACUUGAAAAUCUAGUUGACUGGAUAUUUUCUCAAGGAUGAAUUAGUAUAUGUUGAACGUACUAGAAGUUGUUCUUGAAGCAUACUAGCUUAUCACUUUUUGGGGAUAGAAGCGCAUUGCCUUAUGAAAAUAGGAGGUUUUCUUACCGGUCUGCCACAUGAUAUGCAAGAAAGAGGAUCCAUGAAAUCAUGAUAAAAAAGAAUGAUCCAAGUGGUAAUGUCCUAGUAGGGUCCAUGUGCUACACGUCUUCUUCCAUUCACUUGGAAAAUGUCUAUGCCACUGAAAAUGAUACAAGUGUCUGGCAGUGGCUUUUUGGAAAGAGUAUUUCAAGUGUGGUUCUCCAGAAUACAGGUACAACUGAUGGAUUUGUUGGAAUUGCUGCGCCUUAUUUGAUUGAUCUAGCAAUGUUUGGAGGUGAAAUCUUAUGCCAGCCAGAUGCAUUUCUAUGCUCUAUUAAUGAUGUCAAAGUCAGUAAUACCUUUGUCCAAAGGGCACAUAACAUGAUUGCUAGUGCAGAGGGAUCUUUGAGGCAUAAGAUAUUGGGACAAGGGCUUGCUUUUAUAGUCGGAGGCGGUUCUGAUAUGAAGCUGAAUCUCAGUUACUGUGAAAAACUUCUUUUACUUUUUAGGCAUGGCUAUUAUUUAAGUGUUUGAUUCAUGUUUGUAUGUUUAAACCGGCAGAAGAGAGAAAAUGUGGGUCGUCCUAGAACCUUUAGAACUCUUAGAUACAGGCAAUGAGAUUCUAUCAUUUCUAUCGUCAUGUUAUCAUUGUUUUUCAGAUUUCCGACAGACAUUAUUUUAGUUUUGAAUACCGAUUAUUGUAAUAUAUUCUUAAUGUGAAGAUCUACAGUGUACUUAGAUGUUGGUUAUGGUCAGAAAGAUGAUCCUUCUCAGUGAA